CCAGCUAACGCGCAAGCGCAGAUUACAAAGGAAAAUGAAACUAAAUUGAAGACUCGCAGGAGUUUAGAAGACGACUCGGUGAAGUUAUCGGCAUAGAGUCGGAGAUUUGUUUCACUUCUACUUAAUCGUUGGUGUCACGAACGGUAGGCUAUCUGUGAUCUCCGGGACUUUCCGACAGACCCAAAAAAACGAGGGCAGCGAAACGAAGACGUCACAGACCCGCGGGCAUCUGGUUUGGUGUGCUGGUACAAGGAAGAGACAAACAUGGCCACCUGCAUUAAGUUCACCUUUAUACUAAUGACAGUAGUCACACUAGCAGGAAGAAGCUCAGGUUUCGCUGUUUUGGAGUGCGCCUCUGAAGUGGAUGGCACUUUUGGCAAGGACACUGUACUGAACUGCACAAUCCGUUUUAAUGGUAACAUUGAAGUGAGCAAGGUAAUAUGGAAGAAAAAAGGCUUCACAGACUCUACAGACGUUCUACUUCUACAGUAUGAUAUCGAAAAUGCACCGAAUUCAGGAGAAUCUCGAGUACAAUUUGCCACUUCCUUCUGGAAAGAGAGAGGGGAUCUGUCGCUACGCCUGAGUAACACCCACAUCUUCGAUGAGGGCACUUAUACCUGCAUAGUGGCAUGCAAUGCAGGCAUCGAGAAGAAGGAAAUACGCCUGCGAGUCACAGCUCCGUAUACAGACAUUAAAGUGGUGUCUCAGCCAGAGAAGGACAUUAAGGACGACACACGUGUUCGCCUGACUUGCAGAGCUUCAUUGGGCUACCCAGAGGCAAUAAUCGAGUGGAAGGAUAGUUUUGAGGGCAGCUGGACAAAAAGCGCCGAGACAAACAGCGAGAGAUCAGAAGAUGGCCGCUUCAGCAUCGUCAGCAUUCUUGAACUUAGAGCGUCCUAUGACUCUCCCACCUAUUCCUGCAUUUUAAAGGACCCCAGUGGAAAAGUCUUGACUGAAGAAUACACACUUCCAUUUGAGCCAUUGAAAUCCACCGAUCAUCAAAACAAAAAUAUAAUGACAGCGAUUUUCAUAGUUAUCGCUGCUCUGGUGAUUGGUAUCAUUGUGUUAUUCCUUAUGAGGAUGAGGAGGAGGUGGAGGUGGAGCAGACACUCUGUUAAAGAAUAUAACCCAGAAGAGCAGAAGUUUCCAACAAUGAUGGAGAAGGAACAGAUCUAAAUGUUCUUGUGUCCUACUAGAACCUAUCCUGAACCCAAUGCUAUUCUCUUCAGUGGCUUGUCCAUAAAUGGGCAAGGGGUUUAGCCUUGGUGUGCUGUUCUCUAAUAAUUCUUGGACUACAUCUGGACAGUGCUUUGCACUAACCCGUUUAGAAAGAGCCUGUGAGAGUGACUUCUGUCCCAUUAGAGCUUCUUACCUGCCAAAUCUAAUCCCAAACUACUCCAUGUGAAGUAUGCCAAGCAACAUUUCCUUAUUCUGCAAGAGAAGUAACUUACACAGCAAGCCAAUAGUUUUUCUGGAGCACAAAGUCUUCAAAGUCUGAAGACCAAAUCCAUAGUUGCAAGGGCAAAUGCCCACUCUCCCUGUCCCAAUUACAUCUCUCUGUGUUUGGUGCUGCAGAGUGGGUUCUUUUUCCUGUUAAAAUGACAAACCUCAUUCUGCAUUGCAAAUAACACAUUUGGUUGAACACAACCAGGAAGAAAAAAUGAUUUGUGAUUGGUUUAAAAAAAGCUCUUCCAUUGUGACUGUAGAGCUAUUUUACAUAGUCACGCAGAUAGGCAGAUUGUUAUUAUGUUAUCUCUUAUUCAAAAUGAGGAAACAUGUUUGGCAGUGCAGACCCAAGGGAAGAGUCUGAAAGCUGUUAAGUGUUUGUUCUGAUGAGCUGGGGAUGUGGAUGACAUUCACAAUCAGGUCAGCUUCAGUAGAUUUGGUCAAGAAAGGAGAUAGGAAGGAAUAUGAAUGGGAGAAAACCAUAAAGGAACCCACUUUUCAAAUUACUAAAAGCCCAUCAUUCAUUAAGUGUGAAGUUGUCAAAAUGAGAUAGGAAUGCUGAUGGUAGACUUUGAGUACUUCUCUUGGAGACAUAUAUGAAUAUCAGAGUACGUCAAACACCAUGUCUUACCCCGCUUACCACCUCCACUCACAAAAAUCUGGCUGUUUGCAGGGAAGCUGUUUCAUGUAUUUAUUAAUAAUCAUCUGUGAAUUGAAAUACUUGCUCUGAAUGAUUUAUGUUGAGGCACUUAAUCCAAAAUUCUACAUUUAAAUUUUCUUGAGUUUUAACAGGAAUUACAAUGAACGUCUAGGGCAUGUAUUAUAUUAGCGUUAUUGUAGGAAUGUCGUAGAAAGGUAGCACAGCAGGGUUAAGUGACAGCCACCUGCCCUUCUCCAGUGGUGUGAGCGCUUCUGCCUCUUGUUAGUGGCAUAGGGAACUGAAAGACCCUGCGUUCUUCUCAGGUGAUGCCUACUUCAUGGACAAUGGCUUGAGGUCACAUCAGUGCCUAGGCCUGUUUUUAUUGUUUUGUGUGGGGAGUCUGAUCUAUGAAAUCUAAAGGAAUACUUUAGCACUGUUAUGAUUUCUUCUUAAAGUUUGAAACAGGUACGACACCAUUUCACGUGAAAUUGUACCCCUUUUUAAAGUUAUUUAGCCAUACUCUAUAUAGGCCUGUCUCUAGGAGAGAUGGAGUCAAACCAUGAAGCAAUAUACAAACACAUUCGAGUUAUGAACUACUUUAACUUGGAAGAUCAGGGUACCAAAAAUUGAUUAUUCUUUAAAAUGUAUUUAUCAGCCUGUUAUCAACUACUUGCACACCUGUGCCAAAAUGGGUGGUCCACAGCAAAGGAAUCUGGAAUGAUGGAGAAGCUCCAGCAGGACUGGCCUUGGUGCUUCUGACUUAGGACUGAUUGCACUUACUGAGGUGGGCCUUGUCGAAUCCUAAUUAUUUUGUGUUUUUCUGUUUAUGCAAGGGAAAAGCACCAGAAGGGUAGGUAAUGAUAGAAUCCGAUCUAAGGUUAAGCAGUCGGGACUAUCAGAGGGUUUUUGGGCCAUGGGUGCUGUGUUUAUGAAACAUAAAAAAAAAAAAAAGAUGAAGAGUAGAUUUGGCAAGAUGCACCUUAUCUACUGUAUCUUUGUAGCAACUUCAGUCUGGAACACUGUAAUUUAUAGCACCUGACCAGUAACUUGGUCGGUUAUCGUAGGUGUGAACUGCAUAAUAGGGGAACCGUGGUGGGCUUUUCGUGGUGGCGGAUUUGUUUAUAUAUAAGAAUGCUUUUUAAGGCCAUGUCGCAUUACAAGAUGUUUCCAGUGAGUUUCAGCCACAAGACUUCCUUUUCGUAAUCUUAGUGAACCAAUUAGUGAUGGGAAAUUUGCAAAUGACUCUGUUCAGUGAUUUAUCUGAAUCUAUUUGUGAGCAUGAAUGAACUGGUUCAGUAGAGCUCAACGGGAGUGCUAAAGUGCGCAUGUGACGCCGUUAGCCUCUUUCAUUUAGAUCAGUGAUUCUUAAACGGUUGUUUCUCUCACCCCAGUUUUGCCUUUUUACAUGUCAUCACGACCCGCAAUUGCUGGGGGGAAUCCAUCCCCCUUUUAGAAUUGCCACCAAUUGUCGUCUAGUCCUCCAGUUGAGAAUCGCUGCUGAUCGUCAUCCAGUUUCACAGUCAGGUUCCCAUUGGAGAAUCGCCACCCAUCGUUGUCCAUUCCCCAUUGGACAAUCAUCAAUAUCAUCAUACGGGAUUGUUUUCCCCUUGCAAGCAGCACACCAUUGCAAGGCUUUCCGCAAACCAUUUGAAACCCUUUCUUAUUCAGUACUCUUCUGAUUCACAGCUCGGCACGACCCAAGUUCAGACGUAACACGACCCGACCCAUCAUUUAAGAAACACUGGUUUACAUGUUUAAAGUGCAUGUGCAAGUACCGUCCAUCUGAUUCAUGAUUUGUUCACUUAUGAUUCUUUCUAGUUAGAACAUUAGUGAAGUAGUUGAUCAUUCGUUUGUUCAUAAUACAGUACCAACACAUUUAUAUUAUUAUUUUGUUUGUUUUGUACAAUUUGUUAUUGGAAUUGUUCCAAAUGGAAUAUAUAAACAAAGUACUAAUGUGUUUAUGUUCCUUUGUACAAUCUUAAUUACACAAAACCAAACCUUUUAAAAAUAUUUUUCUAAUUUCUAACAAUUAUUUUGCCUUCAUUUUUUUUAUUUUAGUGUGCACUUUUUAUGACUCAUUGAAUGCAGAGUGCGUAUGUCAUUCAUAAAUUCUUGCAAGUUUGAAUUGAAUCAUUACCUGAGAACGUGUCACACAAUUCGUGUCAAUCUCAUUCGUGAAGUGAAUCACUGAUUCAUUACCCAAGAACAAGUUGCACAAU